ACGCGCGCGGCUCCGAACCCUAACUCGGUCCGUCCCAAGAGGCCCUGCGCGCAGGUUUCCAGGGCAACGCGCCGCGAACCCCUGCGGGGUUGACGCUGCCACGAGGCCGCGCCGGACAGGCACAUGACAGUGUCCCUGGGUGGAACUAUGGCAAGAACUUUAAAACUGUUCAGAGGAAUAAGAUAAUUCGGAACUUUAUGGUUGUUUACUAUGUCUUUGGCUGAUACAACAGAAACAGAUACAGAUGAACACUUCUCCAGGGUGGCGUUAGCAAACAGUAGGAGGUCUACAGAAUGCAGGAGCAGCCCAGGCACGGUUGAUUUUCCAAGGAACAGUAAUGCUUCUGAUAAGAGUGUUGAGUAUAGCAGAUCUCAGUGUUCCUGCAGUUCAACUUCUCAUUAUGAUUAUUCAGAAGACUUUGUUGCUGAAUGUUCAGGAACAGCUAUUAAUACAAAUUAUUUAGAAAAGCCUGUGGCAAAAGAAAAAAAGGAAAAGAAUAAGUAUAAUCUCUCUAAAAUCUCCCAACCUAAAGUUAACAGGUGGCCUUGUUACAGAGUGCCACAAUACUUGGAUUUCACUGGAUUCUUGCCUUUCAUCUCAGCUGAAGAAUCAAGGUUUACGUCGCCAAUGAACUGUAAAUACCUGUCCCAGCAUCCCAAGAUGAUCUCCAAGUCUGGCCAGAAGGAAAUCUCAGUUGAAAGAAGGCACAAGUGGAAUGCACUAUUUUUAAGUUCUCAAACCAAUGUGAUUAACCAAAGAAGAGAUGCUCUGACUCGUCGCAUACUCUCAGCAAGGCUUCAUAAGGUUAAAGAGCUAAAAAAUGAGUUAGCUGAUAUACAUCGUAAACUGGAGGCCACGGUCAUAGAAAACCAAUUUUUGAAACAACUUCAGCUCAGGCACUUGAAAACUAUAGGAAAAUAUGAGAAUUCACAAAAUAAUCUACCUCAAAUUGUGGUUAGACAUCAGAAUGAAGUAAAAAACUUACGGCAGCUACUCAGGAAAUCCCAGGAAAAAGAAAGAACUGUAUCUAGGAAACUUAGGGAGAUCGAUGGCGAACUACUGAAGACUAAGGAUGCCUUGCGUGAACUGCAGAGACUUUCUGAAGACAAAAAUCUUGAGGAGAGAGAAGAACUUACUCGAAGAUUGUCUAUUCUUACAACAAAAAUGGAGGCAAACAACAAAAAAAUACAGAGCUUAGAAAAACAACUAGGGUUGAACAACAGAGCCUUUAACCGGCAGUUGGCUGUUGAGAAUCGGAAGACUUUAGCUGCUCAAACAGCUACCAAGACUCUGCAAGUGGAAGUAAAACACCUUCAACAGAAACUUAAGGAGAAGAAUCGAGAGCUUGAAAUUAACAACAUCUAUACUAAUCGAAUACUUAAAAAUUUACGUGAUGGAGAUUAUACAAAAGUCUCUCCAACAAAAUCAGUACAAGCAGACAGGAAAAGUUUUUCAUUUACAAGUAUGAGACACCAGGAAACCCAAAUAUCAGAAGAUGUUCCAUCUUUGACAACUAAGGGUAAAAAGACAAUAAUAGGGAACAUUGGUCUUAAAGAAAAAACAACUCCUCACUCUAUGAGUAAACUACCAAGACAAGAGGAAUCCAAGAGGAAACAGGAAGAUGUAUCAAAAGAAGAGGAACAUUUGGAAGUACAGCCACCUCCGGAGAAUACUGGAAAGCAAACAGAGAGAAAAGAGGACCAAGAGAAGAAAAGUACUCCAGUGAAAGAAGAACAAGAACUGCCACCAAAAAGAACUCAAGUGAUUUGUUCUGAGAAAGAAGGCAAUCAGGAAGCUGAUACAGUGAAAGAAAAGUUUAAAAUAAGUCCACACAUAAAUGACGUGGAUGACAUACCUGAUAAAAAUGCUGCUCUAAUUACCAAAAUACCCUUCAGACAAAGAAAGCAUUAUUCAUUCACAGAAGCCACUGAAAACCUGCACCAAGGGCUCCCUGCGUCUGGCAGGGCCGCCAACACAGGCGCCAUGAGAUGCAGCCACAGCACCAGCAAGCAUCACAAUCACAUCCGAGGGCUGAAGCUACAACAGUCCCUUAGUGAAUAUGAGCCUUCUUUUGCUAAGUUUCCCAAUACAAAAGCAAAUGAUACAGCUUUCAGGAACAGAAAGAGCUGUGUAAUGGAAGAACUCUUUGGAUCUGGUUGUAUCUUAAAACAUGACCAAACAAGUACCACUGUUAAUAAAGGGGCUGAGGGAACUUUGGAAGGUGAGGUGCGUCGUCUACCUCCUACUCAGGCCUCCGCCAGCAAUGCUUUUGGAGAUGCUAAAGUAACUGUGGUAAAUUCUAUUAAGUCAUCUACCCCUACAGAAGGAAAAAGAAAAAUAUUUAUUUAAAUAUAAUCAAUAUCCUAAUACAUUCUGGUUUGGUAGUCUGGUUCUUAUGUAACUUUAGCUUUGUAAUUUAUGUGUGUAUGUGUGUGUUUCUGCAGUACUUAGGCUGACUUUGAAUAAUUAGUUUUGUUAUAUACUGCUAAUCAAGUGCAAAAAAAUCUAUUGUAUAUUAGUCAAUGAUGACUUUCAAAUACAAAAUUACAUCUUUUUUCCCUGCAACUGAAACAUUUCCAUUAUCUUCCAGAAGACUGAUUUAUAACUUUAGUAUUCUAUGGGUUAGUCAACCCAAGAGACAUUUCAUACAUAUAAGCAAUCAAAAUGCACUGUAACUUAACAUGGAAGCAGCUUUGAAAGGGAACAAUAUGAUCAAAAGACUCUCUUUAAAAAGCAAAAGCAUAGUGAUUACCAAGCUUGGCUUUAUGAAAAUUAAAUAAUAUGAAUGUUGUUCAGCUACUAUCCUGCCUUAGGAGGUUACACUUUCCUUGUAUUUAUGUAACAUGCAGCAUUUUUUAAAUUUACAGCUGUUGCACACCUAUACCUUAACCUUUUUUCUGUUAACUUUAUUCUUUAAAAAAAAGUGUAUCAGUAUAGUGUCCAUUCAAGGUAGUUGCUCAAUCCUAAUCAACAUAAUCAUUCCCCUCAGAAUACUUUAUAUUAGGACUAUCCAAAUAGGGGCUGUACUCCCAAUGUUAGUUACCUUCACUCAGUAUUUCAAAGGGCAACUUAUUUAUAAUUUAGACCAUACUAAUUCCAAAGAUGUUUACAGGUUGGUGUGUAUUACACACUUUUAAAAAUUAAGAAUGGUCAAAUAUUAACACACUUUUAAAAAUUAAGAAUGGUCAAAUAAACUUUUAAAAGGGAAAGUAAUUGUGGGAAAAGAGCUGUAUUUAAAACCAAAGUUGAGAUAAAUACUACAAUUGGCAUAAGCUUUGAUCUUUAUGAAAACCACAGUGGGGAUAAAAGAAGGAGAGGGAGGGGAUAGAGUGAAGGGUCGGAAUCCCACUCAUUAUAGGAGGAGAUAUGCACAUGUAUGUCAAAUGACAUAAAUGCCUGGUUUAUAGGACAAGUCCAGUGUGCUACCUGCUUUUGCAAAUAGAAAUCUUCCUCAAUUUAUGAUGGAGUUACGUCCCAAUAAACCCAUGCAUACCCUAGGUUGAAAACCCAUUUAAUGCAUCUAACCCACCAAACAUAGCUUAGCCUAGCCUACCUGAAACACGCUCAGAACACUUACAUAAGCCUCUGGUUC